AUGGAGAAUUCACAAAUACGGUAUCAAGAUAGUGCAAAAGUAUUCUCAAGCGUAUAUGAUGCAAGUUUAAUUGGCGUUGAAGUUGUCAUGAAAGUAAUUCAAAUGUAUUACGAUGAUAUACUGCACCGAAAUUUCGAUGAUUAUACAAAAAUUGCAAAUAUAGUGAACGCUUUGGCAAGCAGAUUAUCUACUUAUGAGCUCUACGAUCAGUACCAAAAAUUACUUAACUUUCUGGUUCAAAAAGAACCAGAAUUCGAGAAAUCUGUCGCUUCCUAUUUGACAACGGCGAAGAAUGAAUUUGAUUGGUAUGAAAGAAAAGUUCCAGUAAUUUUUGAAGCAUUGGACAAUGUAUUUCCCAGUAACAUAUAUCGUUUGCCGAAAACUCUCAUUCCAAAACUGUACAACAUAUAUCUCAUACCUUACAUGGAAGAGGGCACUUUUACAGGAAAAGUGGAAAUACACAUGACAGUUCAAGAAAAUACUACUUUGAUAGUUCUUAAUUCUCACAAACUCAACAUCUUAAAUGUCAUAGUCUUCAGAAAUGGCACAAAAAUUGAAAUACAGAAUUAUACGACAAAACAUGUCGCGCAACAACUAAGAAUAUAUUUAUCCAACUACGUACAUACAAAUGAGAAAAUAAUAGCGGAAAUUCAAUUUAACGGAACUCUUAAUGAUGAAAUGACUGGAUUUUAUCGUAGUUCAUAUUUAGAUAGUGACGGAGUACAACAUUGGCUGGCUACAACACACUUUGAGCCUACGUAUGCUAGACAAGCUUUCCCUUGCUUCGAUGAACCAGCGUUUAAAUCAAAUUUCACAAUUAAUAUUCGGAGGCCAAAUAAUUACAACUCGCUAAGUAAUAUGCCACGCUUGACAGAAACUAAAGAUUCAGAGAACGAUAAUUAUACGUGGGACAUAUUCAUCACUAGCAAUGCCAGUAUGUCAACAUAUCUGGUUGCAUUCGUUGUCUCCGAAUUUAAACCAGCGGUUGAGCCUGAAAAUGUAACUCUCAACGUAUGGGGUAGACCGGAAGUCGCGACAUAUGGCACAUACGCUCGAGAUAUCGGUGUAAAAAUUAUUGACGAAUUGCAGAAUAUUACGAACAUUAAUUAUACUUUACCUAAGCUGGACUUAAUAGGAAUUCCAGAUUUCUCUAUGGGCGCAAUGGAAAACUGGGGCCUUGCUACUUUCCGCGAGUAUGGACUUUUCUACGACAAAGAAGGAAUUACAGCCACAUAUGAAAGAUACCUAAUUACUGUAAUAGCGCACGAACUUACUCAUAUGUGGUUUGGAGAUCUCGUUACUUGCGACUGGUGGGAUUAUAUUUGGCUCAACGAAGGUUUCGCACAAUAUUUCGAAGCGUUUACAGCCGAUCGAAUAUUACCAGACUACAAGUUCAUGGAUCAAUUCGUGGUUUACGAAUUGCAUUCUGCUCUAUCACAAGAUGCUUCUAUUUCAACACACCCAAUGACAAAUCCUGUCGAAACACCGGAAGAAAUAGCCGGUAUUUUUGACUACGUUACUUAUGGAAAAUCCGCUAGUGUCUUACGAAUGAUGUUUAACGCAGUCGGCCAAGAAGCUCACAUAUUGGCACUCCGUGAUUAUUUAACGAAACGAAAGUAUCUUACAGCACGUCCUACAGAUUUAUGGGAAAGUUUCGAGUCAUUUGUAUGGAUACCAAUUGGCAAUAGAAAUGCAAGCGUCGAGGAAGUUGUGAAUACUUGGACAAAUCAACCAGGAUAUCCCGUUGUAUAUGCUACAUUAAAUAAUAAUAUACUAACGCUUACUCAGAAACGAUUCUUGAUAGAUAAUAGAAAUAUCUCUAGCGAUGAAUUUUAUUGGAUACCAAUUGAUAUAUUCGUUUCAUCCGACCUGUAUGCCGGUGUAUCUUUAAAAAGCAAAAUAUUGCUAGGACCGAAACCUGAGAGAAUAUUUAUUAAUUCUCUUAACGAUUGGUUCAUCGUGAAUUACAAACAAACUGGCUUCUAUCGUGUUAAUUACGAUAACUCCUCAUGGAAUGCAUUAAUUAGCACGCUAAAUAGUAACAAUUUCGAAGAUAUUCAUGUUUUGAAUCGUGCACAAAUUAUAGAUGAUCUCUUCAAUUUGGCUCGUGCUAAUUAUGUAGAGUACAAUUUACUGAUAAGAGCAUUGGCAUAUUUGGAACGUGAAACAAAUCAUUUACCUUGGAAAGCAUUUUUCAAUGGCAUAUCAUAUAUCUAUAGAAGAUUUGAACAGCAAGAUUUAAACAAGGAGAAGAAUUUCCAGGAGAAUUUAAAUAAAUACGUAUUGAAAUUAUUGUCUAAAAUGUAUGAUAAUAUAGGAUUCAAUGAUCGCGAUAAUGAUGAUCAUUUAAAUAAGUUAAAUCGGGAAAUGAUUCUCGCAUGGGCUUGCAAGUUAAGUAAAACAGAGUGUAUAAAAAAAUCUGUAGACCUAUUUACGGCGUGGCGUUAUAAUUCCGAACGAAUUCCACGUAAUGCACGACCAGCUGUUUAUUGCACCGCAAUAAAACAAGGAAGAGUAGAUGAUUGGAUAUUCUUGUGGUCUCAGUAUCUACAGACGAAUUUUCAAACAGAGAAAAAGAUCAUUAUAAAUGCACUCGGAUGCUCAAUAAAUAAGGUGGUGCUUCGAAAUUACUUACAUAUAGCUAUUGAAAAAUACGAUCCUGCAAAUGCUGUCUUUCGCCGACAAGAUGUUUCAGCGGUAUUUACUUCUGUAUACAGCGCAAGUCCAAUAGGAGUAAACGUUACCAUUGACUUUUUAAUAACAAAUAUCGAAAAAUUAUAUGAAUAUUUCGGAACAUGGAAUAAUAUCGCAGAUAUAUUUGCUAAUGUGGCAUCGUAUGUAUCGAGCGAGGAUCAAUACAACCAGUUGACAUACUUUAUUGAACAUAAUAUAGAUCUAUAUCCUCCAACCAUCAGAUCGAGAUUAGUUUCUGCUCUUAAUACCGCAGAAACUAACUUAUUCUGGUUCAAAACUAACGGUGAGAAAAUUAUGGAAUUAAUAAUUUCGGAAUCUGCAAACGAGGAACACCCAAAUAGUUCUACCAAUUUAGAAUCAAUGAACGUCAUUCUUAUGACUGCUAUUGCUUUAAUAUCGUAUCUUUUAAAUUAUUAUUAA